UCUUCAUUACAUUACAUUUCAUUGCAUAUAAUAAAUAUAUCAACAUCUACAUUCCCUAACAGCCUUUUCCUUAACGUUAAAAUUAUGAAGCUCAAAAUAUCAUCUUCCAAGAUCGUCAAGCCAAUCUACGAAUCCAAUUCCAAUGUUCUCAAUAACUCCCCAAACUUCAUUCACCUAUCAGUCUUCGAUCGUGUCACCUACGAUCAACACGUGGCAGUCAUCUACGCCUACCGCCCUCCGACGCCGUCCAACGCCGCCGUCGAGCUCGGCCUACGGAGGGCGUUGGGGGUCUACCGCGCAUGGGCCGGGAGGCUCGGGACCGAUCCCGCGACGGGAAAUCCGAUAAUCUUGUUGAAUGACGCGGGCGUUAGGUUCGUCGAGGCGUCGUUCGAUCAUGCGCUCGACGAGCAGUCAAUGCUCAAGCCGUCGAGAUCCUCGUUGACCCUUCACCCGGCUUUCGACGGGGUCGUCGAGCUCGUGCAAGUUCAGCUCACCCGAUUCGCGUGCGGGUCUCUCGUCGUCGGGUUCACGAGUCACCACUUGGUCGCGGAUGGCCACGCGACGAGCGAUUUUUUGGUCGCAUGGGGCCGCGCAUGUCGGGGGCUCGAGAUCGUUCCUCGACCCUUUUGCGACCGUGCGGUUUUCUCCCCGAGAGACCCCCCUGUGUUCGAGUACGAGCAUCGGGGGGUCGAGUUUAUAAGCAAGAAUUUCAAGAAGGCCUACCCGUUGAUCGACAAUAGCGUCGAGAACAUCGUGGUGCACCGAGUGCACUACACGGUCGAUUUUUUGUCGAGGCUCAAGGCCAAGGCUUCGUCGAACAAAGCUUCGUAUACGACUUUCGAGAGCCUCGUGGGUCAUCUAUGGCGAGCGAUCACGAUAGCUCGCGGAUUGAACGGUCACGAGACGACGCAGGUGAGGAUGUCGGUUGACGGGCGAUCUCGAAUCAAACCCAAGUUGCCCGACGAGUAUUUCGGGAAUCUGGUGUUGUGGGCAUUCGCGAGGUCGAAAGUCGAGGUUCUCGUCGAGAAUCCUCUAUCGUACGCGGCUAGGCUAUUGCACGAGGCCAUCGUGAACGUAGGCGACGACUAUUUCAAGUCGUUUAUCGAUUUCGCGAGCCAUAAGGCUAAGGAGGAAGAUCUCAUCCCCAACGCCGUCGCGGACACACAUGAGUCGAUAUUGUGGCCGGAUUUGGAGGUCGAUAGUUGGCUCCGAUUUCCGUUUUACGAUCUCGAUUUCGGGAGCGGAAGCCCUCACAUUUUCGUGCCGUCGUUCUCCCCGACGGAGGGGAUGAUAUUUCUUCUCCCGUCGUUCGCCAAAGAUCGAAGCAUCGAUGUUUUUGUUCCUUUGUUUCGGGACAAUGUGGCGAAGUUCGAAGAGAUUUGUUAUUCUCUCGACUAGCUAAGUACCAAAAACAAAAGUCCAAAGAUAUGUUAUGUUACAUUAUAAAUUACGUAAGUUUGUGUUUCAGUGUAUUUCGUUU